AUGGAUGAAUUGUUCCACGUUUUCGACGGAAAUGCCGAGCCCCAGAGCGCUAGUGACUCGGAAAGAGAGCCUAAAGCGGCUCGAGCUCGCGAUAAGAGCAAGAAGCGCAAGGCUGAUGAGGCCAUGAAUGGCACCGUGGCAGUGGAAACCCCGAGGGAAGGCGAUGAUGCUGAUAGGAGCCACGCCACCGAGACAUCAAAGGCGGAGGAAUCUGAGGAGGAGGCCUCAGAUACCCCCAGUCAACAAGACAAGAAGAGACGAAAGAAGGAGGACACCGCCGAGCCUGUGAUGACCGAUACCUUUCAAAAAGCCGAGUCAAGAGAAGUGGCUGGUGCGGCAACUCUGGUACCUCAAGAUUCGUCCUUGGUUUUAUCACACAAUAUUCAGCAUCAAGUUGCUCUGCCACCCGAUCUGGACUACGAAUACGUCCCCCUCUCCGAGCACAAGUCUCCUGACGAGCCUGCGAGAACAUGGAGCUUCAAGCUAGAUCCCUUCCAAAGCCUGUCGGUAGCGUCAAUUGAACGAGACGAAAGCGUGCUCGUUUCGGCCCACACUUCUGCUGGCAAAACCGUUGUUGCUGAAUACGCCGUGGCGCAAUGUUUGAAGCGCAACCAGCGAGUCAUUUACACUAGUCCCAUCAAGGCACUGAGCAACCAAAAAUACAGAGAUUUCGAGGCAAUCUUUGGAGACGUCGGGUUGAUGACGGGCGAUGUUACUAUAAAUCCCACGGCAAGUUGCUUGGUCAUGACGACGGAAAUUUUGCGAUCCAUGCUGUACCGUGGCUCAGAGAUUAUGCGAGAAGUCGCCUGGGUUGUUUUCGACGAGAUUCACUACAUGCGUGAUAAGACUCGAGGUGUCGUGUGGGAAGAGACCAUCAUCAUGCUUCCCGAUAAGGUUCGAUACGUCUUCUUGUCCGCCACCAUCCCCAACGCCUUUCAGUUUGCCGAGUGGAUUGCCAAGAUCCAUCAUCAGGCUUGCCAUGUCGUUUACACAGACUUCCGACCCACGCCUCUGCAGAAUUAUUUCUUCGCCUCUGGUGGUAGUGGUGCACGCAUUGUAGUGGAUGAGAAGGGCAACUUCAAUGAGCAUAACUUCAAUCUCGUCAUGAAGGAGGUUGAGGAUAAGAAGGGUGCCGACCCCAACGAUGUCAACGCGAAGCAAAAGGGCAAGGGGAAGAACAAGAAGAUCAACAAGGGCGGUGUUGACGAAGGCUCCGACAUACACAAGAUUAUUCGCAUGACGAUUAAGAGAAAGUUCAACCCGGUCAUUGUUUUCAACUUUAGCAAGCGAGAAUGCGAGAACAUGGCCUUAAGGAUUUCCAACCUGUCAUUCAAUGACGAUUCUGAAAAGGCCAUGGUGAGAAAGGUUUUUCACAGUGCCAUUGAGAGUUUGACGGAGCAGGAUCGAGAACUACCCCAAAUAGCACACUUGCUUCCCCUUCUGGAGCGAGGCGUUGGUGUACAUCACUCGGGUCUGCUGCCAAUUCUCAAAGAAACCAUCGAGAUAUUGUUUCAAGAGUCUCUCAUUAAAGUCCUCGUUGCUACCGAGACCUUCUCCAUUGGUCUAAACAUGCCCGCCAAAACAGUCGUCUUUACCCAAGUCACAAAGUGGGAUGGUGUCAAGAGACGGCCCAUCACCUCGUCCGAGUACAUUCAGAUGGCGGGCCGUGCUGGACGCCGUGGUCUCGAUGCUCGGGGUAUAGUCAUCAUGAUGAUUGACGACACGCUUGAGCCUGAUGUCGCCAAGGACAUCGUAACGGGGCACCAGGACAAGCUCAAUUCUGCAUUUUAUCUGGGAUACAACAUGAUUCUUAACCUGUUGCGAAUUGAAGCAAUCUCGCCCGAAUUCAUGCUGGAGAGGUGUUUCCACCAGUUUCAGAAUGCCGCCAGCGUCCCCUCGUUGGAGAAGGAAUUGAUGGCCCUGCAACAAGAGCGAGACGGACUUUCAAUACCCGACGAGGCGACAAUCAAGGAUUACUACCAGAUUCGACAGCAGCUAAACACGUAUACGAAAGACAUGCGAGCGGUCAUCCAGCACCCCAACCACUGUCUAGACUUCCUCCAGCCAGGACGCCUGGUACAGAUAUACAACCCCAAGGAAGCCCAGGACAACGUUGCGGGAGGUCUCGACUUUGGAUGGGGUGUUGUCGUCAAUCACUAUCCUCGCCGAGCCCCCAGACUCGGCGAGCCCGAGUGGGAGCCGCAGGAAUCGCACAUUAUUGAUGUUUUGCUCCCCAUUUCGGCACUGAGCGCCGAUAUCACUCCUGGCCAGCCCAUUGGAGACAUGCCACCUGGACUUUUACCGUCUGGCGCGGACAAUGCCACCAUCAACGUGACAGUGCCGUGCCUGCUCACUUGCAUGAAAGCCAUCAGUCAGAUCCGCAUCUUCAUGCCCAAGGAUGGCUUGAAGACCGAUGCGGACAGAGACCAGGUGCGCAAGUCAUUGACAGAGGUUAAGCGCCGGUUCACCGACGGUAUCCCUAUCUUGGAUCCCUUGGAAAACAUGGAGAUUGUCGACGACUCGUUUAAGAAACUCCUGCGCAAGAUUGAAGUACUCGAGUCCCGACUUCUCGCCAACCCCUUGCACAUGUCGCCCAUGCUCCCGUCGCUCUGGGACCAGUACAGCGAAAAGAUGCAACUAGUAGAAAAAGUCAAGGAGAAGAAGAAGACCAUUGCAAAGGCGCAUAGCAUCGCCCAAAUGGACGAGCUCAAAUCGCGCAAGCGUGUCCUCCGCAGACUAGGAUUCAUCAACGACUCUGAAGUAGUGCAGCUCAAAGCCCGUGUUGCUUGCGAAAUCUCAUCCAGCGAAGGCCACGAGCUGCUGCUGUCGGAACUUUUGUUUGACCGCUUUUUCAACGAAUUAUCGCCCGAGACGUGCGCCGCUGUCCUCAGCUGCUUCAUCUUCGACGAAAAGGUGGAGGCGCAGGCCCUCAAGGAGGACCUGCAGAAGCCGUAUCGCGAGAUCCAAGCCAGGGCGCGCAUUAUUGCCAAAGUCAGUCAGGAGUGCAAGCUUGAUGUCAAUGAGGAGGAGUACGUGACGAGUUUGAAGUGGCAGUUGAUGGAAACGGUGUACACGUGGGCUCAGGGCAGGCCGUUUAUCGAGAUUUGCAAAAUGACAAACAUCUACGAGGGCUCGCUGAUCCGUCUGUUCCGAAGGCUGGAGGAACUACUGCGUCAGAUGGGGCAGGCGGCCAAGGUCAUGGGUAAUGACGAUCUCUUGAAGAAAUUCGAGGAGAGCCUGCAGAAGAUCAGGAGGGAUAUCGUGGCCGCGCAGAGUUUGUACCUUUGA